ACAACAAACAUAUGAAAGGUAAUGCAGGAGCCUGGGUGCAAAGGUUGCAGACAAGGGAAAGAAGUUCAGUGAAAGGGAGAAAGUGACCUGUCCAACCGAGAGCUCUAAAAAGAAAAGUUACCGUAUUGCUUAAAAAGUUUUCUUAAAAAAGAUUGCAAUCUGGGCAGAGUAGAAAGUCAGGAGAUCUGGCAAAUGAAAUAUAUAGACAGAAGCGAGUGACACCAUUCAGCCCAAGAAACUGGAAUGUCCUUAAAACCUAAAUCAGGACAGACUUUUCCAAGAUGUUUCUUAUCAGCUAUAAACUGAGCAGCAGCUUGUUGGUAGAACACUUUAAUGUUUCAUCACACCAACUUUACUAUGCAUAAUAAAGGGCCAAAUUCAGUGAGCUUCUCUUGCAACAAGGUCUUAUUCUGCACUGCAUGAUGUAUAGUUAAGAAGUAAUUAUGAAUUUGGAUCUUGGAUCAGAAGUCAAAAUCAUUAGAAGUAAGAGAAUUGUAAUUGGUUAUGAUGUCUCUCCAGCUGAUAUUUUCAUUAGUGAUGGCAAGAUUGUCAGUAUUGACCCUUGGGGAAGCCAACAACCAGCAAGUGGAUCAAAGCUCCUUGAUGUUGGGGACCUUGUGGUUAUGCCUGGAGUUAUUGAUCCACACGUACAUGUAAACGAGCCGGGGCGCACAAACUGGGAAGGUUUCCAUACGGCUACGCUGGCUGCGGCUUCGGGAGGAAUCACCACAAUUGUAGAUAUGCCAUUAAAUAGCCUGCCACCUACCACAUCUCUGAGUAAUUUCCGAACCAAGCUGAAGGCUGCUGAAGGGCAAUGUUUUGUAGAUGUAGCAUUUUGGGGUGGUGUCAUUCCUGAUAAUCAGACGGAGCUGAUCCCUAUGCUACACGCAGGUGUGGCCGGGUUUAAGUGUUUUCUGAUCUCCAGUGGGGUACCAGAAUUUCCACAUGUCAGUCUAAUGGAUCUGCAUGCAGCCAUGUCAGAGUUACAAGGGACUAACAGUGUCCUGCUGUUUCAUGCUGAACUUGACUUAUCUGAUGGAUCUCCUGCAUGUGGAGAUCCAGUGCUGUAUGAUACAUUCCUCAGUUCACGUCCAGAUGAGAUGGAAGUGGCUGCAAUUGAGCUUGUCACUGAUCUCUGUUUACAGUAUCAGGUUCAUUGUCACAUUGUACAUCUGUCCUCUGUGAAAUCAAUUCCCAUUAUUAGAAGAGCUAAAAAGGCUGGGGCACCUAUCACUGUAGAGACUACUCAUCACUACCUAUCACUGAGUGCUGAGAAUAUCCCCCCUGGAGCCACAUACUACAAAUGCUGCCCCCCUGUAAGGGACUGUGCCAACAAGGAGGCACUGUGGAAUGCCCUGCAACAAGGCCACAUAGAUAUGGUAGUAUCUGAUCACUCCCCCUGUACUCCAGAUCUCAAGCUUCUGCAGGAUGGAGAUUUUAUGGGUGCUUGGGGAGGAAUUUCCUCCCUGCAGCUUGGGCUGUCUCUAUUUUGGAGCUCUGCCCAAGGAAGAGGCUUCACCCUGCCAGAUGUCUCUCGUUUGCUGAGUGGUAACCCAGCUAAACUGUGCAACUUGGGCAAUUGCAAAGGGUCUAUUAAAGUUGGAUAUGAUGCUGACUUUGUCAUCUGGGAUCCAGAUAAAGAGUUCCAGGUGCAGGUAAAGAGACUUCACCACAAGAAUAAGAUUAACCCAUACCUGGGAUUUUGCCUGCAGGGUGAAGUGGUGGCAACUAUUCUCCGUGGGAUCCUGGUCUACCACAAAGGCAGACAUUUUCCCAAACCUUCAGGAAAGCCUGUUUUUAUUCGCACAAUAAAUCCACCAGAGUCCAGGGCCCCAUAUUACUAAACAAGAUAAUCUAAUGUAUAUGAGCCACACAUAUUAGUGUGUUGUCCUUGGUCACUUUAAGUGUUCUUAGUGAUCACCAUAGUUUAUCCAUAUUUUUCUGGAGAGCACAUUGCAACAUCAGCAACUGUCUUGGAUACUUUACAGCAAAAUCAAAAUUAUGUUAUGUUCACUGCUUUAAUGCAAGGACAUUUCUAAUUAUGUAGUUCUGCAAUGCUUACAACUCCUCCACGCCCAUCAAAUGUCACACAGUAAAUAUAAUUUAGACGCUUCGUUUUUUGUUUUUACAAAAUUGUGAAUUAAUUGAUAUGAAAUAUUAAUCAAAAAUGUUUGAUUUAUCUGAUUGGGGUAGAUUUACCAGGACAAAUAUGCUAUUUCUUGGUUGGCAGCAAUUGGUCUUGAUUGGCAGCAAUUGAUGAUGACCACUGUGAUAAAACACAGAUAUAAGACAGGACCCACUUGGGGGCUUGUUGGUCAUCUGGCUAUUGUCUCAUCAAUUUUCAUCCACACAGAGUUGGAUUGGACUCCUGAUCUAUACUUGAUGAAUAUCUUAUUCCACCAAAAUAAAAUUGUUAUGUG